AUGACAACAAAAAUUCAAUGGAAACGUCUUGAUGCAGCAAUCGGUUCAAAUCCAAAACCACGUCAUGGACAUCGAGCAGUAGCUGUCAAAGAUUUAAUUAUUAUAUUUGGUGGAGGUAACGAUGGUAUUGUUGAAGAUCUCAAUGUUUUCAAUUGUGCUACAAAUCAAUGGUUUCAACCGUUAACCAAAGGUGAUAUACCAACAGGUUGUGCUGCAUUUGGUUUUGCUACAGAUGGUUCAAGAAUUAUUGUUUUUGGUGGUAUGAUUGAAUAUGGAAAAUAUUCAGCAGAUCUUUGGGAACUUAAUCCAAUAACAUGGCAAUGGAAAAAAAUAAAAGCACGACCACCAAGAACAUCUUCAUUACCAUGUGCACGACUUGGACAUACACUGACAUAUGUUGACGGAAAAUAUUAUCUUUUUGGUGGUUUAGCUAAUGAUAGUAAAGAUCCUAAACAGAAUGUACCCAGAUAUUUAAAUGAUCUGUAUACACUUGAAUAUAAAAGUAAUAAUUAUUCAUGGGAACAACCAAUUAUUCGUGGUAUGCAACCCAUUGAACGUGAAUCUCAUUCGUGUGUUUCAUAUCGUGGACAAAUUGAAAAUCGAACAAAAUUAAUUAUUUAUGGCGGAAUGAAUGGCCAUAGAUUAGGAGAUAUUUGGAGUUAUUAUCUAGAUCUAUCACAAUGGACACAGAUCACUGCUUCUGGUCUAGCACCACAACCACGUAGUCUUCAUUCAUCUGUUGUUAUUGGUCAUCGUAUGUUUGUAUUUGGUGGUUGGAUACCGUUAGUUUCUUCAGAUAAAAAUGAACAAAAUGUUAAUGAAAAAGAAUGGAAAUGUACAAAUACAUUAGCGUCAUUUAAUUUAGAAACAAAUACAUGGGAACUUCUUGGACAAGAAUGUGUUGAUGAUAAUAUUCCACGAGCACGUGCUGGUCAUUGUGCUGUUGCUGUUAAUGCAAGAAUGUAUAUAUGGAGUGGAAGAGAUGGUUAUCGAAAAGCUUGGAAUAAUCAAGUUUGUUGUAAAGAUUUAUGGUGUUUGGAAACAUCAUGUCCAGGUGAACCAGAAAAAGUACAAUUACUAAAAGCAGGCAUUGGUAAUUUAGAAGUGUCAUGGAAUCCACUUCCAACAGCGGAUUCUUACAUUUUACAAAUUCAACGUUUCGAAGCUCCAAUUGAGCAACCACCUCCAGCUCCUUCGAUUACAUCUCAAACAUCUAUAAACCCACCCUCUAUACCAUUACAAUCUAUAUCUGCUUCAUUAUUUGCUUCUAAAAGUCCUCAAUCAGUUUUAGCGUCAUUGAUUCCAACGUUUUCAAAUGAACAACAACCACUAAGUGCAUCUGUUUCUGCAAUAAAUGAUGGCGAUACAAAUGUUGAUCAAUGUCUUUCAUCGUCGACACUAUUAAACAAGUCUACAUCAGAUUUACUUUCAUUAGCUCAUUUAUCAUCAUCACAAACAUCACUUUCGUCCCCUAUGAAUACCGUUAAUUCACAAACAUUACCAACUGUAUCACAAUCUUCGAACAGUACUAUAAAUACCACAUUACUCUUUCAAAAACCAACAUCAACUAAUAUUUCUUCUCAUUCUACACAAAAUAUUCGUUCAACAACACCAUCGAAUAUUCAAUUUGUUAAUGCAUGUUCAAAUUCAACUGUUCGUCCAAUAAUUUUUCAUCAAAAAACGGCAACAACAUCAACACAACCACAACUUCUUACUGUUAUGCCAGCUGGUGUUCGCGUUCAGCAACUAACACCUGUUGUACGUGCUUCAUCAACACAACCAACAACAAUUGUUCGAUUAAUGUCACCAACAACAUCAACGGUUCGAUCAACGACAGGACAACAACAAUUUAUACAAUUAAAUACAAAUAAACAACAACAACCAUUAGUUAUUAAAGCUAUUACGACAUCAAAUCGACAACAACAACCUAUUUUAUUAACAACUAAUACACAACAAAAAACAAUUUUACCUCAAACACAACAACAAGUUUUAGUUCUUAAUCAAAAUACAUUAAAUAAUAAUCAAGAACAAACAUCAAAACUUACAUUAUCAAUGGCAAAUAUUGAUCAAUCUAAUUCUACUAAUAUUAAUCAUUCUCAACAAACACCAACAAUCGAUAAUACAAUGCCACAACUUGAUGGAUGUAAUUCAGUAGAAACUUCUUCUCAACAUAUAAAUACUAUAACAACUGUUGACAAUAUAUUAGAGAUAUUACAAAAACAAAUUUCUCUAAAGAAUCAUUGUGAAUUUAUUCCACAAAUUGAUGGUAUUAUUGAUGAUCAACCUCUACAAAAUGGAACCUCAUCUGGUAUGUUCAAGAAAAGAAAAAGUUCAAAACAUAAAAGUAAUUAUCUUUUUAUUGCAGUUUUACAAAGUUCUUCGAGUCCAACACCACAGCAAACUACUAUAGUGAAUAUAGGUUCUCAACAAUCAUCACAUAAUCAUGAAAUUUCUCAGGCAACAAUGUCAAAUGAUAAUACAAAAACUGAACCAACAAAUGAUGUAAAACCAUCAGAAAAUGAAGACGAUAAUAGUUGGCAUUUAGUUGGAACAUUUAAAACAACAACAGUUGAUAUUAAACAUUAUUAUGUUGUUCCUCCACAAAUUAAUAUUGAUAAUUAUGAUCUUCCUUCACUUCAAUUUCAAAAUUUAGUUAAAAAAGUUAAUCUUGAACCAGGUGUUAUUUAUAAAUUACGAAUAGCAGCAGUCAAUUCAUGUGGACGAGGACCAUGGAGUGAAGCAGCAGCAUUUAAAACAUGUUUGCCCGGUGCACCACCAGCACCAUCAAAUAUUAAGAUAACUAAAACAUUGGAUGGUGGUGCUCAUUUAACUUGGGAUGCUCCAUCGAAUGCUUCAUGUUUAAUAACUGGUUAUGCUGUUUAUUUAGCAGUUAAAAAUACAGCAACAGAUAAUACAGUGCCACGUCAACAUCAACAACAAGUAUCACAAAUGGCUUUUGUUCGUGUUUAUGGUGGUGCAUUAGCUGAAUGUUCUGUAAAUGCUGGUCAACUUCUUCAAGCACAUCUUGACAUAAGUUCAAGUAGUAAACCAGCUAUUAUAUUUCGUAUAGCAGCACGUAAUGAACGUGGAUAUGGACCAGCAACACAAGUACGAUGGUUACAAGAUCAACAAAUACCAUAUCAUAAUGCAACGGCAAACAACUCUUUAAAACGAACCUCCUCAAAUACAAAUUCAGCAGGAAGUAAAAAACAACGAUUAGCACCAGCUGGAGGAGGACCAAAUGAUGCAUAA